UCAGUAGAAGAAGAAAUACGACCAGUGGUGUGACGUAGAUUCUCUGCGCCGAGACAUCCGCACGUGUUGUUUUCAUGAACGUUUGAGUGCUUUAACUGUGAUAUUUCUGAGUUACAGUAAAGUGUAAAGAAAACAGCCACAAAGAUGGGGAAGAAACUCAAAGUCGGAAAAACCCGAAAGGAUAAAUUUUACCAUCUGGCAAAAGAAACAGGUUAUCGCUCCCGUUCUUCCUUUAAGCUAAUUCAGCUUAACCGUAAAUUCCAGUUUCUCCAGAAAGCCAGAGCUGUCUUGGACCUGUGUGCUGCUCCUGGAGGAUGGUUGCAGGUGGCGUCAAAGUUUAUGCCUGUAUCAAGUCUCGUUAUUGGUGUUGACCUGGUGCCCAUUAGGCCCAUUCCCAAUGUUGUUACACUGCAAGAAGACAUCACCACUGACAAAUGCAAACAGGCUAUAAAAAAGGAACUGCAGACUUGGAAGGUCGACGUCGUGUUGAAUGACGGAGCCCCGAAUGUGGGAGCCAACUGGCAACAUGAUGCCUUUUCACAAGCUCAUUUGACCCUCAUGGCCAUGAAGUUGGCCUGCGAUUUUCUGAACAAAGGUGGCACCUUCGUCACCAAGGUCUUCCGCUCCAAAGACUACCAGCCGCUGCUCUGGAUCUUCCAGCAGUUCUUCAAGAAGGUGCAGGCCACCAAGCCGCAGGCGUCCAGGAACGAGUCCGCUGAGAUCUUUGUCGUCUGUCAGGGUUAUCUUGCCCCGGACAAAAUCGACAGCAGGUUUUUUGACCCCAAAUAUGCGUUCAAAGAAGUGGAGGAGCAGGCCAAAACUGUCAGAGAUCUGAUUCCGGUCAAGAAGGCAAAGGCGGAGGGAUACUCAGAUGGGGAUCUGACACUCUACCACAGUUUCACAGUGACAACCUUCCUGAAAGCAGAUAACGCCAUAGACUUCCUUAGCAAAGCCAGUGCGAUCACCUUUGACAACCCAGAUCUGGAGUUUCACCCGUCCACAACUAUUGAGAUAAAAGAGUGUCUCCAUGACAUCAAAGUUUUAGGACGCAAAGAGCUGCGCCUGCUGCUUACCUGGAGGACCAAACUGAGGAAAUACCUGGCCAAAAAACUGAAGGGGGACUCCAAACCAAUUGACCCGGAUAUAAAUUUAAGUUCUGAUGAAGAAAAAGCUGAUUUUGAUGAAGAACCAGAGAAGAAGAAGAAAAAGAAACCUGUGGAGGAGAAGGACGAGGAGGACGAGGAGGACGAUGAGGACAAGGAGGACGAGGAAGAAAUGGAGAAUAAACUGGCAGAACUGAAAGCUGAGGAGGUGGCUGAGCUCAAACGGAAGAAGAGGAAGCUGCAAGAACGGAGGAAGCAGAGGGAGAGGGUGGAGCUGAAGAUGGACCUGCCUGGCGUCUCCAUCGCAGAAUCCCACGACUCAUCCAUGUUCUCCCUCAGCACCAUCAAGAAGCAAAAGACACUGGCACAUAUAUCCAAAGGGGACAUGCAGCUGGCAGACACUCUGGAAGAAGAAGACGACGACCUCCACCUGUCUGAAGAGAGUGACGAUGCGGAUGAGAUUUCCCUGGCCUCCGAUUUAGAUGAUGAGGACAUGGAAGAGGUGGAGCAGAAGCAGAGAGAGCUGGCACCACAGAAAAAGAAAGUAAAGUUUGUUGAAGAAGAGGAGAUAGAAGGGCAGGAUAGUGCCUUGCUAGUUGAACUAGAGGAAAAGGAUGAGAAGAAGGAACGAGAAACCAACCUGUGGUUCAGCAAGGGCAUAUUCUCUGAGAUCAACCUGGAAGGAGACGCAGAAAGCGAGCUCCGACAGACCGAGUGGCUUCAGGACAAACAAAAAAGCAAAAAGAGGAAAGCUGAAGAUGUGCAGGAGGAAGAGGAGGAAGAAGGGACAGCUGCUCUGCCAGAGGAGGAGAAGGCGGGACCUUUAAAAGAAGCGGAAGACGACACUGACAGCGACUCAGAUGACAGCUCUGAUGAUGAAAAGGAGAUCACCAAGAUGAAGCAGGUCACUAGAGGUGCUGGAGGGAUUUCUGGUGGGACGUCUGGAGACGCCAAUGAAGACGACUUCCAGGUUGUCCCUGUCGAAAGCAUAAGUAAGAAAGCCAGGAUUCUUGAUGCAGAGGGCCUGGCCCUGGGCUGUCAGAUCGCUACAUCCAAGAAGCGAGCCAGGGACCUGGUGGAUGGCUCCUUCCACAGGUUUGCUAGCUCUGAGCAGCAGUGGGAUGUACCGGAGUGGUUCCUUGUUGACGAAAAGAAACACAGGAAGAAGCCGACACCUGUCACCAAAGAGAUGGUGGAGGAGUUCAAACAGAAGUGGAAGGAGAUCGAUGCCCGACCCAUCAAAAAAGUUGCUGAGGCGAAGGCCAGGAAGAAGAGGAGGAUGCUGAAGAAGAUGGAUCAGUUUAAGAAGAAAGCAGAGGCAGUCGUGAACACAGUCGACAUCUCUGAGAGGGAGAAGAAUGCUCAGCUGAAGAGUAUCUACAAAAAAGCAGGCCUGGGGAAGGAGAAGAGAGAGGUAACAUACGUUGUCAGCAAAAAGGGAGCUGGCAAGAAGGUGAGACGGCCCUCCGGCGUCAAGGGAACUUUCAAAGUGGUGGACAGUCGCAUGAAGAAGGACAUGCGAGGGAUGCAGAGGAAGGAACAACGAGCCAAUGGGGGCAAAGCAAAAGGAGGCAAAGGAAGGGGUGGCCAAGCCAAGGGUGGCAGAGGAGGGAUGAAGGGGGGUAAGGGGCGAAAAGGAAGAUAGAUCUGAACCUGUAGCGCUCUGAUUAAACAUUGCCUGCGUCUCAUGUUGCAGGUGAACAUUUAAGGCAAAGUUGCUGCCACAGUUUGGGCUCCAGUAUCAUGUGCAGAGACCAAAAUGAGUUUUGGUCAUUCCAUGCGUGCGUUUAGCAUCGUUUACUGAGUUUCCUGAAAUCCCUCGUUAUGUUCUGUGGGUUCAUAAGUACUGGUUUUCUGUGUACGUCUUUUCUAAGAUGUAGACUUUCAAACGACAUGAACAGAGUGGUAUCAUGGAAUAGCUAAACUGUAAAUGGUUGGAAAUCAAGUAAAAUAUAAUCAUUCUCAAUAAAUGUUGCUAUUAAUGUAAAUAUAAUAAACACAUUUUUGCAAUAAAGGUUUUGUUGAAUCUUUAA